AUGGAUCAGCAGGCAAAACCAACGCUGCCGGCUGCUAGUCCUAACGCACGCAGCAGUCCGUUCGCAUACCAGUCCAAAUACCUCGAGCGAUCCUCUUCUCGCAGUAGCACCUUCUCUCUUGCUUCUUCUACACUCGAUUCCGCUCCAACACGCGCUUCGGCAGCAGCAGCAGCAAACGGUCUUCACCAUUCUAGUUCAGCUCGACGCUUCCCUGCUCCUCAUCGUCACACUGCCUCGCUCGACCCUCAACGAGCUGCUGAACUGCGUUCUGCUGCUGCUGCUGUUGCUGCUUCACCUUCUGCUCACAGCCCCACUGCUUCACCCCACGGACCCUCUGCUGGUCACUUUGGCUCCAACGGUAGUCUCUCCAGUUCUGCAUCCAACGGUUCGGUCAGCGCAACCACCUCACCAGUGCCAGCCACCUUCAGCAAAGCUACUUUCCCAGCUGCUUCUCGUGGUGCGAAUGGCAGACCCAUCUCGAUGCCUCCAGCGCCGCGAGACAACCUGUUCAACUCGUCGACUGUGGGUCGAGCUCGCGCUUAUUCCCCCACCAAGCAUCCUUACGACCGCCCUGUCUCGCCCACAAAGGAACGCAGCUACGAUUCGCCUCUCUCUUCGCCCAAGAAGGACGACUCUUCCUGCAUCCAAUCUCCUUCCACCCCUACCCAGGGCAGCUUCUGGAGCAAUGGAGCAAACGGUGCCAAUGUAGGAUCGUCGAGCGGUCCAUCUCAGCUUCAUCUUGGCGGUGUCAAAGAUCUCAAGCGUUCCAGUGUUGGUGCGCUCAAAAUGAUCAAAGACUUUACCAAGAAAACUGACGAUCUCGGUGCAUACGGCGAUCAGCACGGCCAUACACGAAUGACGGUCGGCCGAUCACGUGGUCAGCGCACUCAGAGCAUCGAUGCUACCGCUUCACCUCUCGCUAACAGCCUCAACGGUCUCAACCUCGAACCCACCAUCGAGGAAGGCUGGCAGAAACCCGCUCGUCCAGGUCGAAUGGAGAGCGAAGAUCAAGAAGGCGAAAUCGUGCUUCCCGGUAUCACUACUGGUGCCGAGGAUGUUGCUGGUCUUCACGGACGUAUUCGUCUGGCACGCGCAGAUGGCCCGGGUACUAUGGCACUAGGCCGUCCCUCCGCAGCUAGUUCCAACCUUCCCUUCACAAGUUCGAGCAAAUGGAUGGACACUCAACGUCAUCUUCUCCAAGCCUACGAGUAUCUCUGCCACUGUGGUGAAGCCAAGGAAUGGAUGGAGCUCCACGUCGGAGAGCAACUCGGUCACGUCGUCGAGAUGGAAAACGAGAUGCGAGAUGGUAUCUUCCUCGCCAAACUCGCAAAGAAAUUCGAACCCGACUGCGUACCCAGGAUCUUUGUCCAUCCUAAACUCCAGUAUCGACACACGGACAACAUCAACUACUUCUUCAGCUUUAUCAACAGGGCUGGACUGCCCAUUUUCUUCCAGUUUGAAUUGACCGAUCUGUACGAGAAGAAGAACUUCCCCAAGGUCGUUUACUGCAUUCACGCGCUCAGUCACGUACUUGCUCGUCAGGGUAGAGCGUUAAAGGUGGGCAACUUGAUCGGUAAGCUCGAGUUUACAGAUGAUCAGUUGCAGAAGACACAGAAGGGGUUGGAUGCGAGCGGUGUUGCUAUGCCGUCGUUCGGCGCUGUUGGGAAGGCGUUGGCGAAGGAGAUGAACAUCGAGCCAGAGCCGGAACCGGAGACGGAACAGGAAAGGAUCGAUCGCGAGCUUAUGCAGAACAUUGAUGCUGUGAUGGCGCUGCAGACUGCUGCGAGGGCGUUUGUGGCGAGGACGAGGUUUGCUGAUCGUCUUCAGGCCGAGAUUCAGCGUCGAAGCGAGCAAGAGGCCAGACGAGCUGCAGCGGCCGAGGCAGAACGCGUUCGUCGUCUCGAGGAGCAAGAACGUCAGCGUCGUGCUGAAGAGGAUCGCAUUGUGUCGAGAUGGGCUCCACUCAUGCAGGCCCAAAUUCGUGGAGUGCUUGCUCGUCGCAACUUCCACCGCAAGCAAGCCGCCAUUCACACCAGCACACGCACUUUCGUUGGACUUCAGGCUGCCGUCCGUGCCAAGCUCGCUCGUCAGACCCACAUCGAGCACGUCAAGCGCGUUCACGAUGCAGGCAACGCUCGUGCUAUCCAACACUUCCAGGCUCGUGCCCGCGGUGCCCUCUUUCGUCGUCGAUUCUUCCAAAACAUCAAGGCGCUCGACAAGCACGAGUCCGGUGUUGUUGGAUUGCAAGCACAGAUCCGUGGUCGUCUUGCACGCACUGCUUACGAGAAACUCAUCUACCGUCUCGCCGACUCGACCGAGAAUGUCAUCAAAUUGCAGGCCGCCUGUCGAUCCGUACUUGCCAAGCAGAAGUUGCUGAACACCAUCAGGGGGCUGCGUAGUUCGAGUGAUGCUAUCACUGCAGUUCAGGCUCAGAUCCGAGGUGUAUUAGCUCGCAAGGAUCACGUUAGAAUGCGAUCUGCACUGCAAAAAGUCGAAGUGAAAGCAGCUGUUGGAGGCUUGCAAUCCUUCGCACGUGCUGCUCUUGCCCGUCGCAAGCAUCAGGAACAGAAGAAGCAACUCGAUUUCGUCACCCCAGACGUCGUCGGUAUCCAGGCUGCAAUCCGAGGCACGCUCGUUCGCACCGAAUAUCAGUGGUGGAGGAACCAUCUCCUCUCAAGCGAGCCCGUUGCUGUUCAUCUCCAAUGUCUCAUCCGUGGUGUGCUCAGCAGACGCAAGUUCUUUUCCCGUCUUCGACACUAUCACGAACACAUGGAUAAGGUCGUCAAGAUCCAGAGUCUCUUCCGUAGUAGACAGCAGGGUGAACAAUACCGCAGUCUCACCAUGGGUAAAAACGUUCCGGUGGCUACCAUCAAGAACUUCGGUCAUCUGCUGAACGACUCGGAUGCGGAUUUCGAGGACGAGAUUGAAGUCGAGCGAUUGCGAAAGCUUGUCGUCCGAGCGAUUAGAGAAUCGCAGACGCUCGAGAACGACGUAAGUGAACUUGAUACGAAGAUCGCAUUGCUGGUAAAGAACAAGAUUGGUAUUGAAGAGUUGAUCAAGGCGAAGAACGAGCGCGGGUUGUUGGGGCAGAGGGAGGCUGCGGCGGCGGUGCAGAAGCGUAACUCGGUCUUGGUAGCUGCAAAUGAUCCUUUUGCUGAUCAUACGCUGGAUAGGGCUUCGAGGAGGAAGUUUGAGUUGUACCAGGAGUUGUUUUACGCACUUCAGACUCGACCGGAGUAUCUGGCCCGUCUCUUUGCUCGGGUUGGUAAACUCGAUAUGGCCGAUCGCGACAAGCGUCAAGUCGAGAAGAUCGUCCUCACUCUCUUCGGUUAUGCCCAGAAAGCCAGAGAAGAGUUCUUGCUCCUCAAACUCUUCCAACGCUGCGUCCAGGAAGAGUUAACCUUCGUCUCCACCGUUCAAGAAUUCAUCCGAGGCAACGCACAAUUCAUCAAGCUGGUCGCGCAAUACAACCGCGAUGUAAAAGAACGCAAGUAUCUCAAAGACCUUCUCUCACCCCUCGUUUCCGAUAUCAUGAACCAAGAAGGUCUCGAUCUCGAAACGGACCCAUGCGCAAUCUAUCGCUCCACCAUCAACCAAGAAGAAAUGGAAACAGGCCAACCUUCACGUCGACCCCUGGAAGUUCCCUUCAACGACGCCCUUGCCGAUCCGAUGGCACGUACCAUCUUCAUCCGUCACCUCCAAUCUCUUCGUGCAACCACCGAGGCUUUCCUCACCGCAAUCCUCGGCUCCACCCGAAAGAUGCCCUAUGGUGUGCGCUACAUCGCACGAGAACUCUUCCGAGCCUUGCAGUCCAAGUUCCCCUCUGAACCAGAAGAAGCAUUGAUCAAAGUAGUGGGUCAUUUGGUGUACUAUCGCUAUCUAAACCCUGCUAUUGUUGCGCCGGAAGGGUUUGAUGUGGUAGAGACGCUGGUGGGCCCAGUUCAGAGGAAAAAUUUGGCCGAGGUGUCGAAGAUGUUAACUCAGAUUGCAGUGGGCAAAUUAUUUUCGGAUGAUAAUCCUUAUCUGCAACCGCUGAACGAGUAUGUUUCGCAUGCGUCGGAGAGAUUCUUCAAGUGGCUACGCACUAUCAUGGACUGCCCGGAUGCCGAACUUCAGUUCAGUGCGGAUGAAUUCCUCGAUCACACCGUUCAGCAGAAGCCAGUGAUCUAUAUCUCUCCCAACGAGAUCUACUCAAUGCAUCUCCUCCUGGCUCAACAGGUCGAACAUCUUGCACCGCAUCAAGAGGAUCCGCUGCGGGUGAUUCUGGGCGAACUCGGCGCACCACCAGUUUCGAAUACGCAGGAACUCAAUUCGGCUAGGGAUAGCGAAAUCACUUUCGAGCUCGUUUCUCGGAUGGCAACCCUGCAAGAUCCAGAGGCGGAAUCAAAGGCGUUAUUCGUCGAAACAAAGCGACUAGUCUUGAGCCUGCUAAAGGUGCAAUCCGGCAAAAGCCUAGUGGAUGUCUUUGUCGCCCCAGUGACAGAGAAAGAAGAAUUACAAUGGGAAGAGAUUGUUUCACUCGAAAUCGCCGCUGAACGUCAACGUCAACGUGGAUCUCGUCCACCUGGAAUCCCCCUCUACUCCACCCCCACCUCCUCCGCCACUGGUCGACUUGAAGACGUCCGACGACUCACAUUCUCCGAACUCAAAGCCCGUACGCUCGAGAACAUGCUCUCACUCGAAAAGCUCGGUAAAGUUUCCCGUUCGAACAAAUAUCAAGACAUGUUAAACGCAAUCGCUAUCGAUAUCCGGAACAAACACCGCAAGCGUAUUCAACGUGCGAACGAGAAACAAGCGAUGCAUGCUACACUUCAGCAAUUGGCAGAAAAGAAGAGUUAUCUUGAGGAACAGAUCAAUUCUUACCAUUCAUACAUCGAUGCGAGUAUGCAAACUAUGCAGGGAGGUAGGAAGGGGAAGAAAAGAUUUGUUUUGCCGUUUAGCCAACAGUAUUUCCAUUUGCGCAGUCUCAAACAAAACGGUGGUAAAGUGCCCAAGUUUGGAUCUUAUAAAUACAGCUCCUCUAAACUUCUCGAGAAGGGAGUUUUGACUAGAGUUGACCUCGAACCUUCACUACCCACAUCAGGGUCGGGGAACAAGUUGCACAGUGCAACCGUAGGAAGAAAUGGCGAACCGGCUACAGGAGGCGAGGUGAACCUGACAAUCUCAUCAGACCAACCAGGAGUAUUCAGAAUCGAAGUUCUUAACGGAGGCAGUGCAGGCUAUAGUACUGAUUUAAGGAUCGAAGAUCUUCUGGAGGCACAGUUUAAUGGUCAACCAACAAUGGAGGUUCUAGAGGGGAAGGUAGAGGUUGGGAUAAAUAUGUUGGUUUAUUUGAUCAACAAAAAGUUCUACGCCUAA